GCCGUCGCGGCUGCCGUGCCGCCGGGUGGCGCCUCGCCCAGCGGCGGUGGCCCCCAGCCCAGCGCGGCCGCGGAUGCCGAGGCGGCGCCGCCCGGCCCCGACGCCCCUCCGCUCGUCACGGCCGUGCGCCGGUGCGGCGCGCCAGACCCGGCUGUGUGCGUGUGCUGCGCCUGCGACGGCAAGUCGGAACUGCUCUCGAAGGCCUUCGAGCUCUGUGCCCAGCUCGCGGGAGGGGGCCGCACCAUGGACGUGGCCGCCAGCCAGGACGAGCACCUGCGCCGCCAGCUCACCGAGCUGGGGGGCCCGUGGUGCAGGGAGGGCCUGUGGUACAAGGUGGACGCCUUCGUUCGGGAAGACGGCUCCUGCGUGUGGGCCGUGGGCGUCGGUGCCCAGCAGUACGUCCGCGCUUGGCGCCUCGCGGUCGCCCUGGCCUCCGCGGCGGGCGGGG